UCAUUUUGAAUUUUUGCUUCAAAAUCAGUUGGUCUCCAUAAUCAAUAAAGGUCAUUUUGAUUGUUCUGCCUCAAAAUCAGUUGGAAUUUAGAUUGAAUAAAGAUUGAGUGACGCUCUAAAUGCAAGUCAACAAUUCCACCUCCGAGGCAAAUAGAAGCAAAAUUGAUGACAGUUGUCUUUGCUUCUUAAAACUUUCUUCCUACAAACUGCUGCUCUUCAAUUGUCACCAGAAAAAGCUUCUUGAUGAAUCUGCUUUCACUUGACCAUUCCUCGCAGUAUGUUAACUCAGACUAUUAUAGGGAGAAAGAUGAUUUUGGAACUGUGUCUGUUACAAAAAGUUAUAAUCGACCAUUAACUGACAGUAGUUAUUACUACAAUCUCCUCCCGCUAUCGCACGGGGCCAAAAUGCUCACGCUGGAUGAACUGGCAACAGUGGCUAAAGUGAUCAUUGCGCCGAAUGAUUUCUCAAAAGAUACCCCACCAGGGGGGGAAUUGGAAAUGAGGGGCUCUGCCAAUGGAGUCGCUCCUUGCUUCACCAACUGCUCAGGGCAUGGGUUGUGUCACCAGGGUGAGUGUUGGUGUGAGGUGCAGUUCAGAGGCAGCUCGUGUCAGACAACCAACCUACUCUACUACACCAUCUUCGCCUGUCUCUUCUUCCUCCUCUCCCUCAUCUCACUCAUACAACUCGCAGUAUGUGUGCAGGCCGAGUACCACAAGAGGCAUAAACCUACCAUAAGAGACGUAUUCCGCCUGACCAAUCAGAAGCUAGUAUACUUCUUCGUCACCAUAGCAACAGCGUCCAGGGGCUUCUAUUUCGCAAUCCAACUCAGCCACCCAGUCAUUUCAUUCAACCUUCAAACUGUAUACUACCCUCUAAUUCUCACAAUUUUUUCACUUAUCGUAUGCAAAUGGGCCGAAUGGUUUCAUAUAAACGAUAUGCCGCCACAUCCUUCGGGAAUUGUGGGGCAGUCGCCGGAAACGCCAAAUUCGAGAUCGCCGAGUGCGAAUAGGUUCUUCUCGGCUCAAGUGUCGUCCUCUUCGUCGCGACAGCAGUGCAUGAGCAGGACUAACUCCUACAACCAUCAACACCAGGGACCUUACGUGGCGCCCAAUGCCUCCUUUCUCACCAAAUCACUAGGCGCAUUUGUCACAUUCAAUGUGCUUAUGUACAUCCUGCUGUUUCUACAGCUGCUGGCUACAAACACGUGGGUGAAAGACAUCGCCGGUAAGAAGUAUUGGAUGAGGAUUAGUAAGGCGUGUUUCGCCUCCCUCACGCUGUUAGUUGUGGUGUUCUUCCUCAUCUACGGGGUGGAGAUGUUCUUCAAAGUAAGAGGUGCAUUCGUGGACGCCAAUAGACGUCUCAACACAUUCGUCGCAUGCUCUUCCCGACUCAGCCUCAUCGCACAAGCCGCAUGUCUCCUCUUUCUAGCCCUCUUUCUGUUCUCCGAUGUGGCGUUCAUUCACUUCGAGAAAAAAAUCACAGACUUGGGAAUUAGUUACUUCGACACAGCUUGCAGAGCCGUUGACCUAUGUGUCGCCAUAUGGUUCCCCCUAGUCCUCUGGAAGUCAGCCAAGCCGGACGAACUUUGGCUUCUCAAUCCUAGAGUACUCUUCCAGAAACCGGCCAACGGGGGCUUCUCAUCUCAAGAUAUAGUUGCAGUAUACACUUCUUCCGUUGCGCCCCGGGAAUCGAGUUCGGAUCCGAACGACUUCGCGCCAUCCUCACCACAGUCAGUGUCAUGUACGCCGUCUUCAUUUAGUGCCACUAAUGCCCUAGUUCAACAGGAAGUUACACAGGAGUGUUUCAUUUGCUACGAUUCGGAAAGAGAUGACGCUGGUCCACUGAUCAAGCCAUGCAAAUGCAAAGGCGAUACAUCGGUCGUGCAUCAUGAUUGUCUUCGUCGCUGGAUUCUGGAGUCCAUUGGAGGAGUGGAAGACGAAGAAGUUGAAAUCACCAAUCAAUCACCUCAAAUCCCAUCAUCUGCAGUUGGCACAACAAAUUAUACAUACACCACAAGAAAUCCCCAGUCAGAACAAUCGGAGAGUCGAAAGGUCGAGUCUGUUUCGUUUUCAAGCAGUAGUUUAUGUUCAUCGAGGUACCCAACUUAUUCUGGAAUUUCUUUCGGAGCCGAGACUCUUAUUGCAGCUCCCGGACACUCUACGGAUGUUUCCAGAUACAGUGAAUGCCAGCAGGAAAACCACGCUGAUAAUGAUAUAGAAUCGGACAGUGGAGUUGAGUCAACGACCGCGUCGUUUUUGACCUCCAGGUCGCAGAGGGAAACCCAACAGGGCAGUUUUAGAUUGUCAAGUGGGGGUUUGGGGCUGCUCCUGGGAGGCGCGGAAGCGAGAAAUCAUUUGAAAUGCAAAGUGUGUAACCAACCUUAUGAACUGCAAACGUCCUUCAUGAUUCAGUGCCAGAAAGAUUGCAUUGUCGCGUUGGCUCAAAACUGGAGGCUGUGGUCUCGCUGGAUACUGGGGCUGUCAGCUAUGACUGCUCUUCCCUUUGCGGCAUCCGCUGUAUUUCAAAUCACAACUGAACCAGCGCCCAGAGUCUUAGCACUGGCAGUUCUAUUUUUGCUCGAGUAUGCGCUCUGGAGGCUGGCUGGCUUCAACCUCGUUACCCUCUACAACUACGCCAAGUUCUCCUCUUUCCGCAUCGAAGGAAAAGAAGUACACAAUACAAUCGCAACCACCAAUACACCAAAUACAACUUCAGCAACCGCGUCUUAUAUCCCAAAGGUCACAACUUCAAAUGCUAUUUUGACAAGUUCAGACACCGAUUCUGAAAUGAAUGACGCUUCGAAUUGUGGUCAAAUGAAAACUGAAGUUUGUGUUGCAAACGGUGGCUUGAAUAGUUUAGAUACUGAAAGCUGUUCCAGUGAAGAAGUAUCCAAGACGCAGCUAGUCGAAAAUGCUAACAGUAAUGAGACCAACAAAUCACUCAAAAAUGAUAGAAGCCGUGCAGUAAAAAUCGGAGCAAGUGUUGUUUCCCUUGAGGAAAGAAGUUCAAACGCAGACGAAAAAGAAGAUGAAAAAAAGGAUGAAGAUGGCGCGGUGGAAAUAAUCACGCUUAAUCGAGUGUAAUUUCAAAGCUUGUUCGCGACGCAUGAAAUCAAAUCAUACCUAUUGACUGAUCAAAUCGCUAAUUCUGUCGAACUCAAUCAUGUUACCAGUCAUAUAAUCACUUAAAUAGAUGUCUUAUAAAAACAGAAAAAUGGGUAUAAACAGUCUUGUUGACGUUUUCAAACUUUUAAAUAGUUUUGUUAAAAUUUAGAAAGCUUUUCGUUUUCAAGGAGAAGU